CGUCUCGCUAGAUCAGAACGUCGCGUCCACUCGAGAAGAGCGAAUGUGUUUUUUCCGUUGUUUGUCGUCGCCGUCGUCUGCCGUCGCCGUUUUUUCCAACAUCUCAUUACAUAUUGUAUUGUGUGUAUCAGAGCUACUCCGUCGUGUGUUAUACACAGGAGCCUGUUUUUUUCUCCUAGUUAUACUUUGUUGUGCAGUUUUGUUAGUCCCAGAAGCAUAGAAAGAGCAGCAUAGCUAACAACACGCGCGGAGUUCACAAGAAGUUUUGGAAGAGUGCGGAAAUCGCGCACAGGAAAAGAGAGGAAGAAGAAAAUUAUCGUGAGUGAAGGAGUUCUACGUUCCUUUUUUUUUUGUGUUUCAUUAUCCUCCCGGUUUGGAGAGUUCUGUGGUGUGCGAACCCAAGGGAACUAGCUAUCAGGAGUGAUUAUAAUGCGUUCAUUUUGUGAUUGAAUUGGAAUUUCCACUGUUACAAAGCUACAGUGUUUCGUUUUCGGUUUGCCUGUGUUUAUUGCCUGGAAGCAGAACAGUAUAAACGAGAGAUUAUUCUCAGAAAAGCGGAAAGGAAAACGGAACAUAAUAAUCGAUUACAAAACAACGUUUGCAGAUCUCGAAAGAUAAUCUCGCUGGAAUUGCAAACCGAAACGGCAGAACCUAACUAGCGAGUAUACACACACAUAUAGUACCAAGAGAUCGUUUAGUGUUUUCGUAGUGUUUGAAAACUGCAAGUAGUGUGGAAACCAAAGCAUACUGUAGUGGAAAAUCUGGUAACCAGUAUUUAUAUAUUACACCCAUCAAAACAAAAACAAACAAAAAAGAGCAUCCCGUAGAAAACAAAAAAGAAAACAAACAAACAAAAAAUACAUCACAUAGUAGAAAAAUAAGAAAAAAUGCUGUUUGAAAAUCCCGUGGCGGCUGCAAAAAUGUUCCCAUACAGUGUGCCUCCGCCGAUUCAAGGUGCAGCUGCGGUCCCGGUGCAAAAUUUAAGAUUGCAUGGAACUACUUUUAGUGCUGGAACCUUGGACACAACCGGAUUACUUGAGCAUGACCUACACAACGCACUGGUGCCAAUCAAAACAGCAAACCUUCUCACACCACAGGCAGCUGCCGCGGCCGUCGUUGUCCAACAGAACAGAGAUCAACAACAACAACAGCAACAGCAACAGCAGCAGCAACAGCAACUUCAGCUCCAGCAGCAGCAACAGCAGCAACAACAGCAACAGGUGCAGCAGCAGCAACAGCAGCAGCAAGAACAGCUACUUCAGUCAAAUUGCCAACUCUCGCUCGUCAGUAAUGCUGCCACCAACACCUCCAAAGCCGGUUCAACCAAUGGUAGCUCGUCGGGGCGGUCAACGCCAAACAGCAGCAGCGAUCCAGCGCCAGGAAAGCUAUUCGUCGGCGGACUCAGUUGGCAAACGUCGUCCGAGAAGCUCAGCGAGUACUUUGGAAUGUUCGGUAAAGUGACAGAUGUGCUGAUCAUGAAGGAUCCAAUUACUCAGCGGAGUCGGGGAUUCGGAUUCAUCACGUUCCAGGAACCAAACAGCGUAGACAAAGUUCUCAAAGUGCCAAUUCACACUUUGGAUGGAAAGAAAAUCGAUCCCAAGCACGCGACACCCAAGAACCGACCGAAGACCCAAUCGAACAAGACGAAGAAGAUCUUCGUGGGAGGCGUUUCGCAGGACACAUCGGCCGAAGAGGUCAAGCAGUACUUCAGCCAGUUUGGCAAGGUCGAAGAAACGGUCAUGCUGAUGGAUCAGCAGACGAAGCGCCACCGUGGGUUCGGCUUCGUUACGUUCGAAAACGAGGACGUGGUAGAUCGAGUGUGCGAGAUUCAUUUCCACACGAUCAAGAACAAGAAGGUCGAAUGCAAGAAGGCUCAACCGAAGGAAGCCGUGACGCCCACUGCCCAGCAGCUGCUACAGAAGAGAAUCAUUCUGGGAAACUUGGGACUGCCGAUUGCCACACCAACCACGGCACGGAUGGUCGGAGCGGCACAUGCUCAAUCCGCACCGUUGGUCAGCCAGCUGGCGAAUCCGCUGAUGGUACAGGCUCAGGCACAGGCUGCCCAGGCCGCUGCGGCCGCCGCUGCCAUGCAGGUGCAAAAUGGCUUCGGAAAGAUGUUCACCACCUAUCCACCGACGCUGCACAGUUUCAGAUAUUCGCCAUAUCCCAUGCAGUCGGCUGCCGCCGCCCACGCAGCGAAUGCAGCCGCUGCGAACGCAUCGAAUCAGCUUACUACCGCCGCCGUAAAUGCACAGGCUGCUGCCGCGGCCGCCGCCAGUCAACAGCACCAGCAUCAACAUCAGCAGCAUCAGCAUCAACAUCAGCAUGCUCAAUCGAUGACGGGCCACACGGGCCAACCGACGGCGACCGGUGCACCGCAACAGGGCAACCCACAAGCACCUCAUCAGCUUAUGCCAGCCCAUCAGCUAGCCGCCGCCACCGCCGGCAAUCCCUACCAAGGUUACAGCUUAGCCAACGUCGACAUGUCCAGCUUCCAGAACGUGGAUUGGGGUUCGAUGUACGGCAUGGGAAUACUGUUUCCCGAAGCGCACUGUUGAUUGAAGCACGGCAGCACGGCAGCAGGGCGGUUUGAAAUGCAGUGCGCCCAGUUAGUAGCAGCGGUGUGAUAAACGCGUAAGUGAUAUAAAACCCAGCGCUCCCAGCAAAGAACGCACGCGGAGUUUGGGGCCUAAUGAGGAGAUUUUGGGCGCGAUUCCUUUCUCAUGGAUACAUGAUUUUUCUCGCUUUUCCCCUCGCCGAAAUUCGAAGCGGGAUGAGCGGGAAGGGGGAUUUGCUGCGAUAUUUUUCGUACAAGACUGUCUUUUAUUUUACGUUUUAAGUAAUCAGUUUAGUUUUGGUAGGUUGUAUGUUUUAAGUGAUUUUAGCCGUAGUUUUGAUCUUCAUUUUUUUUUAUUUAGGGUUGUUUGGUUCGCUCGAGUCGUGUAGUGUAUUGUAUGUUAGUUUUAGAACCAAUGAUUUUAGCGCGUUUGCGUCCGACACACAGUAUUUGUUAGGAUUAAUGUAUUAGGUACGGUUUUACUUUUGCACGUAAGUUUGUAUCGAAAGACAAUUUUGAAAAGACGAGAGUGUGAUUUGAGGGUGAGUGAGUUGGAUUUUAUUUUUCAAUAAGCCUGAUUUGUGUUCUACUGAUUGUACGAGAAAUUGCGUUACACAUCACAUCUGCUGUUCGGAAAUUAUGAUUUCAUAGAAGUAAAUAAUAUUUGGUUGUUUUCUUUUUCUGGUUUGCGCCAUCACAUUUUUUGAUUUUCAGCCAUAGGUACCACAGAUAAAUGGAUGAGACAGAAGAUUAAUGCAUUCGAGAUAAGUGGUGUUUGCAAUUAUAGGACGCACAUCGACAACAUAUUCAUCAAAUAAUGAAUGCCGACAUAACAACAACUAACUAAUAAAUUUGGUUCAACAUUUCACAUUUGUAAACAAUGGGUUUCACUGUCGAUUUCUCAAUAAUAAAAUCUCACACACGUGAAUUGAUAACACCAACAGGCAAGGAAAUGCUUCCUCUACCAGUUGAUAGUAGUAGUUUGUGACUUUUAAUUCGUGAUAUUUGCAUCGGAGCUAGGAGCUACCGUCAGAGCGUGAUAUUCUUGAAAGCUUAAGCUGGGUGCGAAAGCCGCUCCAUUCAAUUCGUUCCCCUAUCCACACCAUUUCAAAUCCCACGUUAAACACGUCAAUAAACGGUUCAAGUGAGUUGAUGAUGGUUGGCGUUCAAGUGACUUGAAAGCGAAUAGAACAACAUUAAUGGGCUUUGGGGAUGGAUAUUUUCGAUUUAAUCUGAGGAAUGGAAUGGUCAGUUAAUUACAAUUAAAUUACAACCAAUUGCCUAAAAUAGUGCGACAUCGUUGAAAUUGAUCAGUUAUAGAUGUCACCCACGCGAUUCAAUUGAACGUCGCAACGAUAUCGAUACUAUUCAGGACCAUGCAAACUCCAUCUGGGCUACUGUUUCCAAUUUGGAAUGCAAUGACUACGCUUUGCAGUUCGGGGACUAUAACUAACUUUUGCUACAGUAGCAACAAGCGCUGAAAUUCUGAGCUAAAUCGAAUCUAAUCAACCAACUCUAUGAUCGAAAGAGUGAAGGGGUGUCAUUUUCUCAUACAUUUUGACCAAAAACCCCAUAUAAACUUUGAACCAAAGGCUUCAGUUCGUGCCACAACCAAAUGAGCUGAAACUGUCAGAUAGUGGUUUUCCCACCUAAAGGCACUAAUAGGUAGAAAAUUAAAAUUUUUAUGUGGGCCAUUCUACUUGAUCCAUACUAGAUCCUGACGCCUUGGGCAUACGAGAAGAAACUCAUACAUUUGAUUUUCGAUGAGCAAUUGCGCAGUCUCCCGCGUUGACUGGCGACCAAUCGAAUCAGCUGGUUAUGUUGACGACGCUGAUUACUACUUUAUGGCCUGUUUACAUAUGUGCUGGUUCAUAAAGCGGAUUAACCAAAAUUGGUAUAAUCCAAUCAAGGUUGAGUCAGAAAUUGAUGCGCCAAUGUUAAUCAGCACGGAAAAACUGUUUACAUCAUGCUAAUAACCAUGGGUUUGCGAACGACAGGCUCACCAGCACGUAAAUCAGCACAUUAAUCAAACGAUUUACGACCUCAUGGUUGAAUUUUUUUCACCUUUCUCGCCCACGCCCCGUGAUCUAACGUUGUGCGUCGACGGAAACGGUACAAAUCGGAAACUUUUCUGACCAUUUGUCAACUCUAAGAGGAACCCAGUGCACGAAAAGGCGACAGCAAGAAUGUACAGAACUACUGCGGAAUCAUCUCAUUAUACUGAUACUCUAAGGUAUUUUAAAUCAUCGUCAAUCAGGUGCACAUACAUACACUCUCAAUGAAAGCAUAGCAGUUAAAUCUUUGCUUGAUUUCCUAUUCAAAUGAGACAGUAUUCAACAACAAUAGACAGGUUCGGUAGGAAACUCUUUUGGGAUUCUUGCAGAGUGGUGUACCCCGUUUGGUAUAAUAGUCGUUUGGCAUAGUAGUCAUUUGGCAGAAUGGUCGUUGACAUAAUAGUUGUUUGGUAUAAUACAUACAAAAAUGGUACAUGAAGCUGCUAAGCGGUCAGUG